UACCCUCAAAGGGUUACAAAAGAGUGUGUUUCACUUUAGAAAAAUAUCAUCACAGCAUGUAACAAGCGUAUAAGCUUACUAUAUUUUCAGAUAGUGUGUGGAAAAAUAAUAAAAACAUGUCUAAAUCAAUCAGAAUAAAAAAUCUACUGUGCCGCGAGGUUAUUUCCGCGAGAUACGAUGUUUAAGCAUGCUAUCACCAUAAAAAAGGUCAACUUCACAACUUGUUUAUUGCGAUUAAUUUGCAACCAGCAAAAUGCCGGAGAUUCGAGUGAAGGAUGUUGUUUCUUGUAGUUCAGAAGAAUAGGAACAAUCCAGCGGAAAAUUUGCUGAAAGCGGAGGGCACUCAUAAAUGGCGAACUGCAACAGUUGGAGAAACGAAUGCUACUGUUAUUUUGCAGUUUGAAAAGGCAAGCCAGAUCCACUCUGUUGAUAUUGGCAAUGAAGGAUCAGCUUUUGUAGAGGUCCUUGUAGGAAAGUCAACAUCCAGUUUAGAUUAUCAGGUCUUGUUAGUGUCAUCUUCUUUUAUGAAUCCUGCUGACAGCCGUAAUGGGACCAAUCGAAAUACUGUGCGCAUUUUUGGGCCAGACAAAUUGUCCAAACCUGCUGCCUUGGAGAAGUGGGACAGGGUGAAAAUAGUCUGUGCUCAGCCUUUUAACAAGACAUCUACGUAUGGAUUAUCAUUUAUCAAGUUUCACAGUCCUCCUGAUACCAAUAAGCCAACUGAGAAUGAAGGUGUCAAAAGACUGGGGGCUUUUGUAAUAAAGACUGAAGAAGAGGAAGAUGAUGACAUUAAGGUCGGCUCUUUGUUUUCAAACAGAGGACAAAUGGAUGUUACACCUGUUACACCUAAAGGCGCAGCAGCUGUAAGAGCUGCCUCUCGAGUAGCAGAAGAGACAAGGGCAAGAGCUAGAGACAGCAACUCAUCAGCAUCUGGGAGUCAGUCCUCCCCUAAAGUGCCUGCUGCUGCCAAACAAAGCACCUCCAAGACACCAGCUAAACAAUCCACUCUCACACCACCAGCUAAAGCUAGCCCUGGCAAGGGACGAAAUAAACACAUAAUGAGUGAUGAAGGAAGCGAUACAGAAGAAGAAACCAUUACCCCUCCCAAAACAUCACUGAAGCGAACGUCAACCACUGCAAGUUCACACUCACCUGAAACACCCCCACCUCUCAAGAAGAUCAAAACUGAACCUGCCAAAUCAUCACCAGUUAAAGAGUUUGGCAAGCUAAUGGACAAAGUUGUCUUUGUACUCAGCGGCUUUCAGAACCCAUAUCGUGCUGAACUGCGGGAGAAAGCCUUGGAGAUGGGAGCUCAGUACAGGCCAGACUGGGGCCGGGGAUGCACUCAUCUCGUUUGUGCUUUUACAAACACUCCAAAAUAUAAUCAGGUAAAAGGACAUGGCCACAUUGUGGACAAGGCAUGGAUACUGGACUGCUACAAGAAAAAGAAAUUACUACCCUGGCAGAGCUAUUCCAUGGUUGAUGCUGAAUCACCUGGUAGCAGCUCAGAUGAUGAGGCAAUACCUUCAAAACCAGUGCCUAAAAGAACAUCAUCUUCAUCCAGUAAAGGAAGUAGCAGCAGCAUACCCCAAUCAUCAGCACCAAACAAAAAGAUAUCCACUUCUAAUGAAUCAACUGGUCACUUAUAUGGAGAUGAGACAGAUUCUCCAGAUGAUACUGAUGAAGAAAUCAGGCGAGCAAAGGUCAAGGUUGCUGCGAAAAAGGCUAAAGACACAAAGGUUGAGGCUAAACAAGAGGAAGAGGUCAACGUUAAAAGGUUGCCUGUGAAGGACAGAGACACUUCUGAAGUAAAGAGAGAGGAAAAAGUAAACGCCACUCUUCAGCUGUAUGCAGACUCUACAGAUGAGGAUGAGCCAAACCUCUUUUCCUGUUCGACAUUGGCUGUUGAUGAUGAUAGUGGACAGGAGCAAGGAGCAGCAUCAGCAACCACAUCCUCUGCUUUCAACCACAGAACUCUUGCAGCAACAGUUCCAGUAGGUGAUAACGAAGAAUCUGCAGCCACAGUUUCUGUUGAUGAUGACUCCAAACCAGCCACAUCUGACACAGUUCCAAUUGAUGAUUUUGCUGAGGACAGUGAAAAGCGCAAGGGUACUGUUUCUGUGAAAGAGGAGAAUGAUGAAUCAGAUUCAGGGUUGCCAGACCUUCCUGACUUCUUCGAAAACAUGCACUUUUUCUUUUAUGGAAACUUUGAUCCUCAAGAGCGGCGACUGCUGGCUCGAUAUAUUGCAGCAUACAAUGGAGUUCUGGAAGAUUACAUGAACAAGCGGGUGAAAUAUAUCAUCACCUGUGAACGUUGGGAUGAUAAUUUUGAAGAGGCAUUGUUGGAGAACCCUGAACUGGUGUUUGUGAAGCCUAAAUGGAUCCACUCAUGCCAUGAAAAAAGCAAACUUGUUCCUUAUCAGUUAUUUGUGGUUGUGCCAUAAUUGUCUGCAGCAUCUAAUGUAUAUUGACACACAGGAAUUCCUGUUCUGUAAAUAGUUUUUUAUGGCAGCUCUGUGUAAGUGGAUGUGCACGAAUGUGUAUGGGCAUGCGUGCACCUUUUUGUGUGCUCAAGUAUAAAAGUGGUUGACUGAGAAUUUUAUUGACUGAAUGGCUAAUCAACUUAAGUUUGUAGCAAAUCAUAAAUUUUAGAUUUGAGACUAUAUUUAGAAAAUACAGCAUUAUUUUUUUCAAGCAUUAGGUCGGAAAAACAAAUGCCAGAGAAAAGAGCUAAAAUAUUGGUCCAGAUAUUUUAAAGAUUUUUAUCAAAAGCAUUAGUCUGCACCUAAGGCAUUUCAGAGGAUAAGUAAAUAAUAUUUUAGAACAAAGUUUUCUUUAUUUAGAAGUUUGAAAUUGACCUGAUAUGUUUGUUUACUGCAUUAUGUAAUGUGAUACAAAGAUUUAGUUUCAUUUACCAUAAUUCUUUUCUUCCAACAAAAUGUAUUUUUAAAGAUGUAAAGUCAUGUUUGCAUGUUUUCAUGAGAACCUGUGUGAAACAAAAACAUUUAAAACAGCUUCUUAUGCUUCAGUGUUAAUAGCAUAUCACUCACUGAUACUUGAUAUUUCAAUUAUUGUAGCAGAUUUUCUCCCUCAAAGAAAAUGAUAUAAUUACAGCUCUCUGUCGAUUCUGUC